AAUUCCUGUUAUCAGCAGGCUUUAUAAGUCAGUGAGCCGGGAGCUGUCUCUUCAUCCAGACGGAAGUUUUUGGAGUGCAAAGAUGUCCCCACAACCAUCUUUCUUGAGUCUGGCCUCCUUGCUGCUCUUCUCCCUUGUCCUCCAUGAUGUCCUAGCCCUGAGGCUCUGCUCCUUCAAUGUGAGAUCCUUUGGAGAGAGCAAGAAGGAAAACCGCGAUGCCAUGGAUGUCAUUGUGAAGAUCAUCAAACGCUGUGACCUUAUACUCCUGAUGGAAAUCAAGGACAGCAGCAACAACAUCUGCCCCAUGCUGAUGGAAAAGCUGAAUGGAAAUUCACGGAGAAGCACAACAUACAACUAUGUGAUUAGUUCUCGACUCGGAAGAAACACAUACAAAGAACAGUAUGCCUUCCUCUACAAAGAAAAGCUGGUAUCUGUGAAGGCAAGAUACCUCUACCAUGACUAUCAGGACGGAGACAUCGACGUAUUUUCCAGGGAGCCCUUUGUGGUUUGGUUCCAGGCGCCCUUCACUGCUGUCAAAGACUUUGUGGUUGUCCCCUUGCAUACAACUCCUGAGAGUUCUGUUAAAGAGAUGGAUGAGUUGGUUGAUGUCUACAUGGAUGUGAAACGUCGAUGGAAAGUGGAGAGUUUCAUCUUCAUGGGUGACUUCAACGCUGGCUGCAGCUAUGUCCCAAAGAAGGCCUGGAAGAACAUCCGUUUGAGGAUGGACCCCCACUUCGUUUGGCUGAUUGGGGAUCAAGAGGACACCACAGUCAAGAAGAGCACCAACUGUGCCUAUGACAGGAUUGUGCUUCGAGGACAAGAGAUAGUCAACUCAGUGGUUCCCCAUUCAAAUGGCACCUUUGACUUCCAGAAAGCUUAUGAGUUGUCAGAAGAGGAGGCCCUGGAUGUCAGUGACCACUUUCCAGUUGAGUUUAAGCUACAAUCUUCAAGGGCCUUCACCAAUAACAGAAAAUCUGUUGCUCUAAAGAAGAGAAAAAGAGGCAAUCAUUCCUAGGUACCACGGUGCCAUUAUUUUAAAAUCCACUCCUUGCUUCCAAAUAAAAUUGCUCUCAUGGGUCUAAACUAA